AUGGACGUCGGCGAAGGUCCUUCACAAACCUCCUCCUGCAGGAAUUCUGCAGAAACAAUUCAGGUCGGACAUACACUGCUCUUGAAACUACCCAGCGGGGAUAUCAAGACGUGGAAACUGGAGAAAGACUCAACAGCCAACCUCGGAAAAUUUGGGUCCUUUUACGCGAACGAGCUAAUAGACCAACCAUUUGGGCUGACCUAUGAGAUCGUUGACAAGAAGCUUAAGGUCAUACUCCCUCGCAGUUUGCAGGAAGUCGAGGAUACCGAUGCGACGAAUGAGUUGAUCAAUGACGGUCAAUGCGUCCAGCCCUUGACCACAGAGGAGAUUGAGGCAUUGAAGAAAUCCGGUCUUCAUGCAUCAGAAAUCAUCAAAAAACAGAUCGAACAACAUGCAAACUACUCGCUCAAAACAGAAUAUAGCAAGGAGAAGUAUAAAAAGAGGAAAGAGGCAAAAUAUUCCAAGUCCUUCGCUGUCGUUGCGCCUACUUUAUUCAAUGUUUGUGAUUAUUGGUUCAACAAAGACCAGAACAGACUGCGUGACAUCCGCCCUGACACAUUGUCGCAAAUGCUAAACUUGGCAAAUAUUCGACCUGGCGGUAGAUAUUUGGCCGUCGACGAUGCAUCUGGCGUUGUAGUUGCGGGAAUUCUAGAACGUCUUGGCGGUAAUGGACGGCUCCUUACAAUCUGUGAUGUCGACUCUCCGCCUGCGUAUCCCGUUACAGUGCACAUGAAUUUCAGGAAAGAAUACGCAGACAAAUUGUCCUCUCUUAACUGGGCCACUGCCGAUGAGGAGUAUGCACCAAGUGCGUUGCAAAUUAGAAUCAGCGAGCAUGAUAGCCUGAACACCACGUCACUCUGUAGUUGUUGCAUCACCGGAACCACCUACUGGAAAAUUCAAGUCAGAGGCACAAAAACAAAGAUCGAACAAGCGCAAAGUAGUCGCCGAGUCACUUUCGCAAACUCGAGAAGAGCUUUUUGCGGGUGA